CUGUGUUGUCAGAAUGGAGACAGGAGGUGAGGUACUUAUGAGGGGCCUCCAGAACAAGACCUAGUCCCCUCGGAGUCCCCACGCACCUGGUUCUGAUCCUGGUUCUGGUACCAGACUCGCUGCUCAAGACAACAUGCCGACCGAUGCCCAGAGCGAUGCCCGCUCCUUCCUGAGUGAGGAGAUGAUCACGGAGUUCCAGGCGGCCUUCAACAUGUUUGACUCGGACGGCGGCGGCGACAUCAGCACCAAGGAGCUGGGUCAGGUGAUGAGGAUGUUGGGUCAGAACCCGACCCGAGAGGAGCUGGACGCCAUCAUUGAGGAGGUGGAUGAGGAUGGCAGCGGGACCAUCGACUUCGAGGAGUUCCUGGUCAUGAUGGUGCAGCAGCUGAAGGAGGACCAGGCGGGGAAGAGCGAGGAGGAACUCUCCGAGAUCUUCCGCAUCUUUGACAAAAACGGUGACGGCUUCAUCGACCGCGAGGAGUUCGGAGACAUCAUCCACCGGACCGGGGAGCCGCUGGUCGAGGAGGACAUCGACGAGAUGAUGGCCGACUCGGACGCCAACAAGGACGGGCGGCUGGACUUUGACGAGUUCCUGAGGAUGAUGGAGAACGUCCAGGAGCGUUAGAGAAGGGCGAGAGAGAGACGUAGCUCUCCUCCGCCCGCGACCACGCCCGCGACCACGGCCGCGACCACGCCCGCUCCGUCACGCUGUCGGACCACAGAGGACAUUCCUCCUCUGCCGACUCCACCCCCGUGAAUAUUCACCGCUUCGCCUCCAGAAGAGAGGAAGUGCUGAAGCUCGUCACACCCUCAAGACCCCCCCCCCCCAUCUGCCGUGCUCCGGCCGGGACCCCAGCGAUACCGGGGCCUCUAUUAAUAUCCCCCCCAAACCAUUUUAAGAUGAUUCCCCCCCGCCCCCCCCCCCCCUCCCACACACCCCCAACCUCAGCUGUCUCUGGCACCGCAGCUGCUCCUUACACCACCCGACACCGCCCCCCACCUACACCAAACCCCUCACCCACACACCACCUCACCACCACCCCCAUCAACCCUCACCCACCCACCACCACCUCCCACCCCUCUCCCACACCACCCUGCUGCCACAGCACCACCACCCCUCACCAGCACCACCGACACCCCUCUUCCAACCACCACCACCACCCUUCUCCCACCAGCACUCCCAACACCCCCACCCUAACGGUGUCCCAGCCCUCCCACCCACUCCCACUCUCCCCUCCUCCCGUGUCUGUUGUGUUCUAAAUAAACCAGCUUUACUCCUUC